UGCGAUAGUGGUAUGGUUUGUGGAUCAUGCAGAUCAUGCAGAUUAUGUUAUUAAAAAUAAUGAAUCAAAUCAAGCUGUAUGGGAAGCCUAUUCGUGUCAAUAAAGCAACUUCGGACAAAAAGAAUUUGGACGUAGACGCUUCAUUAUUUAUAAGGAAUUUGGAUCCUGAUGCGGCAAUUGAUGCAAUGAACGGACAAUAUCUGAUGAAUAAACCAAUUACUGUAUCAUACGCGUUCAAAAAGGAUGGUAAAGGCGAAAGACAUGGAAGUGCAGCAGGUUCGUAUUUCUUCCGAAUUGAAUGUAUUGCUUUCAAUGGGUGAAACGGUUAUUGGCAGCUCAAGCGAAGAAAAUUAAAAAUCUUUGUUUGCAAAUGUUCGUCCACCUACUGUUCCACCUUCAAUG